AUGUAUCAAGAGGUCAAGGACCAUAUAAAGCAGAUGUUAGAUGCUAAAGUUAUCCGUCCAUCUGCUAGUCCAUAUGCCUCGCCUGUUGUCCUGGUAUGCAAACAUGACUCGAGUCUGCGCUUCUGUAUUGACUAUAGAAAAUUGAACAGUCGCACAAUUCGAGAUUCAUAUGCUCUACCAAGGAUAGAGGGUACUCUUGAUGCUUUACACGGGGCAAAAUACUUCUCUUGCCUUGACCUUAAGAGUGGAUAUUGGCAAGUCGUAGUGGAUGAGGAGCACAAGGCCCGUACUGCCUUUACUGUUGGCCCACUUGGGUUUUACGAGUGUAACUCUAUGCCCUUUGGACUGACAAAUGCUCCAGCUACUUUCCAACGCCUGAUGGAGAGGUGUACGUGCGACAUUCAUCUUCUCCAAUGCCUCAUUUAUCUCGAUGACAUCAUUGUGUUUUCUAAGACCUUUGAUGAGCAUCUUGAGAGAUUACAAGCAAUCUUUCAAAGAUUGCACAAGAACGGGCUCAAGCUAAAGCCGUCAAAAUGCCAAUUCUUGCAGACCUCCGUUAAGUACCUAGGUCACGUAAUCUCCGAGGAGGGUAUCCAAACAGACCCUGAGAAGAUUGAAGUUGCCCGUGAGUCCAUGGACAUUCAAAGUGUGUCUGCUCUCUGUAAUGGGCAACUCAUCUCAUCAUGUGCCAUGGAGACACUCUCCCUCAAUCAGGAGGUGAUGAAUUGUAUGUUGGCGGUCGAUGGUAUGGAACCUUCUGACGAUGUCGCUAGCCAACGGAUGAGAACAUAUCAGCAAGCUGAUUCCUCAAUCUGUUCGAUUUUGGACCUCAUCAGUAAUGAUACCCGUCCAACCAAGGAGGCUCCUAAAUCCAUGGACUGGGACACUGCAUCUUUUCUCAGGCAGUGGGACUCACUCACUGUCAAAGAUGGCCUUCUCCACAGGCAACAACUUUCAGAUGGUGUAGUACCCUACUAUCAACUGAUUGUUCCUCAGUCUAAAAGAGAUGAGGUCAUUACCCAUCUACAUGACAGCAUGGGACAUCUUGGUAGGGACAGGACCGUUGCUCUUCUCCAGACACGGUUUUACUGGCCGGGAAUGAUCACGGAUGUGGAGAAAAGGAUUCGCUGCUGCCAGAGGUGUAUACUUCGUAAAGCUCCUAACCAAACUGAGCGUGCACCAUUAGUUAGCAUCCAAACCACUCAACCUAUGGAGUUGGUGUGCAUGGACUAUCUCAGCUUGGAGCCCUCCUCUGGUGGUUAUGAGAAUAUCCUGGUCAUUAAGGACCAUUUCACCAAAUAUGCUGUUGCCAUUCCCACUCGCAACCAAACGGCACGUACUACAGCCAAAGUACUGUUUGAUCACUUCAUUGUUCACUAUGGCAUUCCAGAGAAGUUGCACUCUGAUCAAGGCCGGAACUUUGAGAGUGAUAUCAUCAAACAGCUGUGCAGCAUAUUGGGUAUUCUCAAAACGUGGACCACUCCGUAUCAUCCAAUGGGUAAUGGUCUAUGUGAGCGGUUUAAUCGGACGCUCUUAGGGAUGCUCGGCACUCUGGAGGAGCAGCAAAAGGCAAAGUGGCCAAUAUUUCAUCACCAGCUUAUACGCAGUUUGCUGCUGAUGUAG